CACAACACGCAGAGCAAAGCCAGAGAGAAAGGGCUUGUUUUUUCCCAAAGUGCGUGGGCGACUGGGAGCUGCCUGUGGUGAUAAAUGUCGGCGCUGUCUCUCAAAUAUUAUACUGCAUAUGUGCACCUGCUCAUACAGACAUAACAAUGCGAGGACAAAGUAUGGAUAGACAUUUCUCCAGCUUUAAAGGUUAAAUUAGCAGCAGUAGUUAUGUAUAUCCGAGUCAGAUAGUAAAAGAAAGAAUGACGAAUGGCAUUUCACUUGCAAUAAUAUGGCAGAGUACAGAAAACUGCAAUUUGAAUUUAUAUUUAUGCCAGAAACAUCAGCAUGUGCGAUGCAAUGAAUAAUACGCGACGCGGUAAUAAUUAAUUCGACUCUAAAUUGGAUGAUGACAUUUUCUACACCCUCAAUCUUGCUCUAUUAUCUGGUUAAUCGCACUGCGAUCAAUGCACAUGCAAAGUAAUUGCAGCAAUUAUGCGCCAAUUUUCAUUUGGAACACAUAGUCCGCGCGGUAAUCAUUUACCUAGCUGAUACUGUAAACAGCCGCUUCUGAAUGUCUCUCCUCGAAGCAUUCUGACGCUGAAAAUAUCAGAUGUACCCGAAGAUGAUGUCAAGUUCCGCUGAAGCGUCUGGGAAAGCAGACGUUGUUUUUUAUGACGUAAUUUGGAGAAACUAACGGAUGCGUUAGAGGUUUGAAUGUGUCCACUUUGUAAGUUUGCGCUCUGCCUCUGUGUGAACGUCAGUAUGUGUAUCUGGUGGUGCAAUCUAAGGCAGCGCAACUUCAAGGAGCAGGAGGGGCUCUCCUAUUAUUUGAUCUCGCUAAUUGCCAAUGCAAGUGAACUUUAAGCACCGGACACUAAGCCGAGGAGGUCUUACCGUUCCCGUUGGACUAUAACCUAUAGACUACUCGCCACUGUUUUAAUUGAAGCUGGAAGAAAAGGGCUGCAGCUCUGUCACUAUUUUUUUUUCUUCUUAGAAGAGUCUCCGUGUUGAAUGUGGCACACUGCACGGAGUCAAUCUCACCUAAAACAUGUCCACCAAAUUGUUCCUCUACUUCUUACUUCUGUCAGUGUUUCGUGCAUGUUCUCAAACAGCCGCUUCUGAGGAUGAUGAGUAUGACGACGUUACUGUGAAUCAAAUGUUGGCCCCCAAAACCCACGAGACAGACGCAACGCAAAUACUAAACAACUUACUAAAGGAGUAUGACAAAAAACUACGUCCGGAUAUCGGAGUUAAACCGACAGUCAUUGAUGUUGAUAUCUUCGUAAAUAGUAUUGGACCUGUGUCAUCAAUAAAUAUGGAGUACCAGAUUGACAUAAUUUUUGCACAGACAUGGAUGGACAGCCGGCUCAGAUAUAACAGCACUAUGAAAAUAUUGACUUUGAACAGUAAUAUGGUUGGACUCAUUUGGCUACCGGACACGAUCUUCAGAAAUUCCAAGAGCGCAGAUUCACAUUGGAUUACUACACCAAAUCAGCUACUUAGAAUAUGGAAUGAUGGGAAAAUACUUUACACUUUGAGAUUGACCAUAAACGCAGAAUGCCAGCUUCAACUGCAUAACUUUCCUAUGGAUGAGCACUCCUGCCCACUCAUCUUCUCCAGCUAUGGAUACCCACGAGAUGAAAUGAUUUACAAGUGGAGGAGGAACUCAGUGCAGGCGGCUGAUCAGAAGUCAUGGAGACUUUACCAGUUUGACUUCAUGGGCCUGAGGAACACCACAGAUAUAAUUAAGACAACUGCAGGUGACUAUGUGGUGAUGACUGUAUAUUUUGACCUAAGCAGAAGAAUGGGAUACUUCACAAUUCAGACCUAUAUCCCCUGCAUACUUACUGUGGUGCUCUCUUGGGUCUCCUUUUGGAUAAAAAAAGAUGCAACUCCAGCCAGAACAGCACUAGGAAUAACAACAGUAUUAACCAUGACAACGCUCAGCACGGUGGCACGGACAUCACUACCCAGGGUCUCAUACGUCACAGCAAUGGACCUUUUUGUCACUGUCUGUUUCCUGUUUGUUUUUGCGGCUCUCAUGGAGUAUGCCACGCUUAACUAUUACUCCUACAGUGCUAGCAAACCAACCUGCAAAAAGACAAAAAGAUCGAACUACUCAGUACUGGCUGUGGGUCCUCCUCCCACAGUUAUCACGCUCAACAACUCCAUGUACUGGCAGGAGUUUGAUGAUGCCUGUGUUUAUGAGUGCCUGGAUGGAAAAGACUGCCAGAGUUUCUUCUGCUGCUACGAAGAGUGCAAAGAUGGAGCGUGGCGAAAGGGCCGUCUGCAUAUAGACAUUUUGGAACUCGAUGCAUACUCUCGUGUCUUUUUUCCCACCUCUUUCCUACUGUUCAAUAUUGUCUACUGGGUAGGCUACUUGUAUCUUUAGCGGUCCCACACACCUCACGACGCAAAGGACUUGACUUUUGGUUCUGUCAGAGCAUAAACAAAGAAUAGACUGAACCAGGACUUUCAAGGUACUGUAAAAAAAGAGCGGAUACUGGUUUUCAGAGUUGAGUUGUGGUAGUACAAGGACUUCUCCAGAAGAGAGAUGAAAAUGAAAAAUGAGACUACAGAAACCGAAAGCUACAGCAGAUCUAUCAAAACCCUUAAAACCAGGCUGUUUUUAUAUGGUCAGGAAGGAUAUUUCCACAAGCUCUUUAAGUGGUUGCAAUUCUCUGGCAGAGAUCUUUGCCUUUUGUUCUUCAGGUACCAGGGGGAAGAAAAGAUUCACAACGUUCCUCUCAUACAAUCUCAUCUUUUUAUGGGUGAGAGAGCAACUGGAAGAAGUCAAGGUGCGAACAAAUCCUUAGGCCAAGUCAGCGUGAGAAAAAAUGCCUUGCAUAGCAUGUGACCCUCUGACUUUUGGUGUCUCUUACAAUCCUGGUAGAUCAUUCACAUGAAUGGAAACCUGUCAUCUAGCCAUCAGUCAAAACCAGACCGGCUUUCAUGUAAGCGGAGCUUUCAGAGCCAUCUAUAGUGCCUUCCACUGGAGGAGAAGCCAUCAGGCAGAGAAAUCUUAGAAAUGAUGGCAGGAGCAUCAUCUGGUCUUGACUGACCGCUGAUGGUUUUGUUUUGGAGUUUAUUCAACCUUUAGUUAUAGUCACCCAUUAUUUGAAUGCAUUCAACAUGUCUAAACUCAUUGUCACUGCAUGUUAUAGUAUUAAGCUCUACCCUGAAUCAGCACAAUAAUGGCAAGAGAGUAGAACCAUUUUGGAAGAUUUGGAAUAUUAAUUAGUAUGUAGAUUGCAAAUGUUUGCUUAUAUUUCUAGAUUUUUAUAGCAUAAUUUUUCCACACAAAAGAAAGGUUAUUUAAAUAUGAAAUUAAUAUAUUAUACAGUAGACUAUAUUUUAUUUUGAAAUGCCUAAAGUCUAUUAGCAUCAGUUUAUUAGUUAAAAAGUGCAUGCAUAGAAUGUAUCAUAAGUUCCAUAGACUCUCACCCUUCAGUCCAGUUGGCAAAAUAGUUGCCAUCCAUGUCUACGCCAAGUACAGCAAACGCAACACACCGCCCAAAGGAAAUCAAGGAAAGUGAGUGUCUCUGGAUCUUUAUGGACACAUUUGCAUUUGCAGAUUUGAUUAUUCUGUCUAGGUCUUGCAUCUACAGACCCAUCCUAUGAUAUAUCGCAAUACAUUUGACACCUGUAAGUUCAUUUGAAAAGUACAAUUCUGUCAUCCUUUAUUCACUUUCAUAUACAUUACAUUUUCCACUCACAGAAUACAAACGUUAUUUAGCAGAAUGUCUAGCCUGCAUUUUUCCCAAAAAUAACAUUGGGUU